AUGGAUCGCGUCAUUUUUACAUUCUUCGUUGUUUUAAUCGUGUCAGGACUGCAUGGAGGCGUUGCAGCACGAAAACCAAGGAUAAAAUCCAACGCGGAGAAUGGCAUCAUCCAAGAAGGAAAUGAACUGAGAAUAUCCUGUGAGGGUGACAGCAAACUCCACUUUUCAAUCAUGGAUGUUCCACUCCAGCCAGACCCGUGCAUUCAUGAUCUGAAAUUAGGUGAAAAUAAUGCCUCCUUCGUUUGUCAUAAUGCUACUCGAAGAGACACAGGAUGGUAUGCUUGUGCGGAGGAGGGUAUCAAAAUCCGCAACACUGACCAAACUCUUCAACACGCUGAUGAAGAUAUCGCUUGGAUUCAUAUCUACGUAAACUCUACGGUACCGUUUGCCGACACGAUCCCAUACAGAGACAUAAAGGUAAAAGGCCAUGCAGUCAUUCCAUGUCGAACAACGUCGCCUCAUUGGAAAGUAGCGCUUCGUACGCCGAACGGAGAUGUGCCGGGACAGUUCGAUCCGGAAAUCGGGUUCAUUGUGGCGGAAGAUGCAGGAUCCCUGAAUGAUCAGAUAGUUGGCUGUUACGCAAUCGACAAUGAGAACAACACGUUAGACGGUGUAAAACCAGUUGAGUAUGGCAUAACCAAAAUAGAAGAGGUAUUCCCAAUAAAGCAUUCCGAACACUUUACUGCUAAUGCUCAAGUCGCUAAACCCAAACCACAGAUUAAUAAAACCGCGUUACACCACAUGGUCUGGGGGAGAGAUCAAAAUAUAAUUUGCACAGUCACCGUUACACUACCGCAUUUUCUCGGAAAAGACCCACUUGACUGGAAACUCCCCGAAUCAGUCCAGAAAUGUAACUUAGUGGAAAUGCACCUUUCGAUCGCUUUUCACCAAAAUUACCUCGUACUUCCUUUCAUUCCAAGUCUUGCUGGGCGAAACUCCACUCAGCUUACAAUCGAUAGGAAGGGAGAUGAAGUCACUUGCACUUCCAAUCUGACAAUUGAGAGUGUGAGGGAAAGUGAUGGCGGAGACUAUACUUGUUUCUUACCGGAACAUUGCGGCGAUGUGGAUACAGAAGACACGCAUCACAUCAAAUUUUGGGAUCCGGAUUACUCUUUUAUCAAUAUAAGUAUCUACGACAGUAAUGGUUCUCGUUCAAUUGUGGGAAAUGUGGGAGAGACUUCCAUAUGGAAUAUUAGAAUUGACACAUAUCCCGAAUACUAUGAGCUGCACUGGUACAGGAAAAAAGAUGAUGAAGACAUGGAAAUCGAAUUGAAGAAUAGCACUAAAUACCAGGUAAAACGCGCAAAUCUAAACCACCUUUUUGAGAUCCACAAUUCGGACGUGAAGGAUAAUGGCGAUUACGUCAUUCUCGUGAGGAACAAAAAUAACGACGAUAAAAUUAAUCUUCACUUGAGAAUUGAUGUUCCACCACAUCCCCGUAUCACCCCUUCCAUGUCAUACGUUGCGCCAGGCCAGUCGACGAAUUUUUUGUGCACAACAGUCAGUCAUCCGUUAGCAAACGUGACAUGGAGUUACAUGGAAUGGCCUUACUAUCCAUCAUUGAAUGGAAGUAGGUCUGUAUUUCUUCCGGAAUCUGGAGAUUCUCGAAGCGUCGAUUUGGUGACCUCGGUAUCACGUUUGAACAUAAAGAUAAACGACACAGGAAUUUUGAGAUGCAAAAGCUGCAACGAUAUUAGCUGUGUCGAAGAUACCAAAUUAAUCUACGUCUCUGAGGUUAAUGCGUCGUUCGGUAUAAUACCUCUCGAAUCUGUCGUGGAAGGUGACGACAUCAAUAUCACGUGUGGUAUUUCAGUUUAUCACAAUUUUAGUGACGGUAAGAUUCUCGAAUGGAACAUCAGUGCUUUGGAACUUGAAACCGGAAGAAUAAGGAUUUUGAGCAAUAAAAAGAAAUUUACGCAUCAAUCCAUCCUUGAAAUACGCGGAGUGAAUCGAUCAGACGAAGGGAUUUACGUUUGCGACGUUCUCGACAAGAGUAAGGGCUUAAAACCCCAGGCAUAUAACUUGUCAGUGGCGGCUGGGCGUGAACCAAUAAUUUACGAAUGGAAUGUAAACACUUCUCAGUUAAUUAUUGACGCGGACAGAAAACGAAAAGACGUUGCAAUUCUCAAAUGCUUCGCUGACGGAAUACCAAAACCAGAAACCACCUGGUUAAAGGAUAACAGGCCACUGCCGAAACACAAUGGGUACGAAAUUUCGCAAGACAAAUCUGAGCUCCGCAUACGAUACUUUCUCGAGGAAGAUAGUGGACGAUAUACGUGUCGAGUUGUGAAUCGUUUUGGCAGCGAUGAAAGAUCCGUGAAUAUUGUAGUUAAUGAAGUUUCAGGAAGAAGUCACAUAACUUAUCUUAGUUUGAUCAGCGCGCUUGUCAUAUGUCUUAUCAUAAUUAUUGCUUACGUGGGACUCCAGGUGAAUCGUAAGAGACUUUCCAGAAAAAAGCUGCUCAAGGCAGGAACAGCUCAGUUCGUGGAAGGCGCGGUUGAACUCCUGAAAACCGAUGAUGAAGCCAGGUUAUUGCCUCGUGAUAAGAAAUAG